CCCGCGCCCCGAGCUUGAUUAAUAUUCAAUCAGCCGGGCAAGGCGGCUGGUCUGCCGAAGGGAGGCCCGCAAGAGGCGGGCGGGGCCUGCGCGGCGCCCGCGACCCAGGCGGGGAGGGCGUGUGUGAGUGCGGGGGGGUGGGCGGCCGUGGCGGCGAUCGGGCGUGCGGGAUGGAACCCCGAGCGGCCGACGGAAUGCUCCGAGUUGCCACAUAAUCCGCUGGAACGGCUGCGCCGCGCGCCCUCGGCUCCCCGCCGCUCCCCGCCGCGCCACCGCCGCCCACCGCCGCCGCCGGGGACGACGCGCGAAGCCCCACCGCAAUGGAGCCCGCCGCGGCGCCGCGCCUCCCCGAUCCGGGCCGCGAGGACCGAGCCCCGCCGGCCGCCCCCUGCCGGAGCCCCAAGCCCGCGCGGACCGAGGCCCCCGGCGACGCGGCGGCGGUUCCCGGCCGGCCGGGCAGCGCGGGAAGGCGGCGGCGGCGCGGAGGGGCGCCUCAGCCUGCCGCCGGCGGGGCGGCCCCGGGGCCCGGCGCCAACUCGCUGCUGCUGAGGCGCGGGCGGCUCAAGAGGAACGUGUCGGCGGCCGCCGCCUCCUCCACCUCCUCGUCGUCGUCGUCGUUGUCCACCUCGGCCGCCGCGGCCGCGCUGCCCCCCGGCCUGGCGGCCUCGGCGGCCUCGGCGGCGCUGUGCACCCGCAGCCUGGACAGGAAGACGCUGCUGCUCCGCCACCGGCCGCCGCUGCCGCUGCCGCCGUCGGAGCGCGACUGGGUGCGGCAGCAGCUGCGGCGGGGCUGCGUGCACGUCUUCGAUCGCCACCUGGCCGCCAGCUACCUGCGCCCGGUGCUCUGCACGCUGGACACCACGGCCGCCGAGGUGGCCGCCCGCCUGCUGCAGGCCGGCCCCAAGGGCGUGGGCGGCGGCGCGCUCAGGGUGCUCGGCCGGGACCCCGCCGCCGGCCCGCGCCCGCGCCCCGCCGACCUGCCGCUGCCCGCCUGGCCGCCCCGCGCCAGCGCCGCGCCGUCGGACUGCAGCCCCGCCGAGGCCCUGGACGGCGCGGCCGACCCGGCCGCCGACGCCGACAGCUUCAGCCCGAGCCCUGGCGGCGAGAGCGGGUCCGAGCGGCUGGACCCCUACGGCGGCGGCGGCGGCGGCGGCGGUGGUGGUUCGGGAUCCUCGUCCGAGGAGCAGGAGGCCGAGCCGGUGCCCGCCCCGACGGGGACUCCGCAGCACGAAGCCCCCCGGGACGCGGACGCGGACGCGGAGGGCCCGGGCGGGGCGCCCCGAGAUCGGCCUCGGGAGGAGCCAGCGGCGGCGGCGGCCCCCGCGGAGCCCCCUGGCCGCCCGCAGCCGCCCGUCGAGGGUAGCGGGGCGCCCCCGCCGCCCAGCCUGUACGUGCAGCUGCACGGAGAGACCACCCGGCGCCUGGAGGCGGACGAGAAGCCGCUGCAGAUCCAGAACGACUACCUCUUCCAGCUGGGCUUCGGGGAACUGUGGCGGGUGCAGGAGGAGGGCAUGGACUCGGAGGUCGGCUGCCUGAUCCGCUUCUACGCAGGAAAACCCCACAGCACCAACAGCUCAGAACGGAUCCAGCUCUCAGGGAUGUAUAACGUUCGGAAAGGCAAAAUGCAGCUGCCCGUGAACCGGUGGACCAGACGCCAGGUCAUUCUGUGUGGCACCUGCCUCAUAGUAUCGUCUGUGAAAGACAGCCUGACCGGAAAGAUGCAUGUUCUGCCACUGAUCGGUGGAAAAGUGGAAGAAGUAAAAAAGCACCAGCACUGUUUAGCAUUUAGCUCUUCUGGACCCCAAAGCCAGACCUACUACAUUUGUUUUGAUACAUUCACAGAGUAUUUGAGGUGGCUUCGCCAAGUCUCCAAGGUUGCUUCCCAGCGCAUCAGCUCCGUGGACCUCUCCUGCUGUAGCCUGGAGCACCUGCCCGCCAACCUCUUCUACAGCCAAGACCUCACUCAUCUCAAUCUCAAGCAGAACUUCCUAAGGCAGAACCCCAGCCUGCCAACCGCCCGGGGACUCAGUGAACUGCAAAGGUUCACCAAGUUGAAGAGUCUCAACCUCUCAAAUAAUCAUUUAGGGGAAUUCCCAUUAGCAGUCUGCAAUAUUCCGACCCUGACUGAGCUGAACGUGUCCUGCAAUGCCCUCCAAGACAUCCCAGCAGCCGUGGGAGUCAUGCACAAUUUACAGACAUUUUUGUUGGAUGGAAACUUUCUCCAGGCCCUUCCUGCUGAGUUGGAGAACAUGCAUCAGCUCAGUUAUCUUGGUCUUUCUUUCAACGAGUUCACUGACAUUCCAGAGGUUUUGGAGAAAUUGACUGCUGUGGAUAAACUCUGCAUGUCUGGAAACUGUAUGGAGACGCUGAGGCUACAGGCUUUGCGGAAAAUGCCUAACAUUAAACACGUAGACUUAAGACUGAACGUCAUCAGGAAGCUAGUAGCAGAUGAAGUGGACUUUCUCCAGCACAUCACUCAGCUUGAUCUGCGUGACAAUAAGCUUGGUGAUCUCGACGCUAUGAUUUUCAACAACAUCGAAGUUUUACACUGUGAAAGGAAUCAGCUGGUGACAUUAAACAUCUGUGGCUAUUUCCUCAAAGCCCUCUAUGCCUCAUCUAAUGGUAUGUCUCCCAGGCAAAGGCUUUCGCGGUUCCAAGAAUGCACUCACUGCUGUCAUCUCUGCCUCACUUUCAUUUUCCUUUCCUCAGAUUCAAUAGCAUGGCUUUGUGAAAACUAAAAUUAUAGAUGUUCU